AUGAGUAUAGAGAAUUUCCCCUCGCUGAACUCCGAAGAGUUCACUGAAGCAUGCCAUCAUCUCGACAGGCAAUAUUGUCAGGCCUCACUAGGCUCCCAGCGAGCACGUUGGAAACUCAGACUCUGCAACGCACUCUGCACCGACUUUUCUUACGGUGGAGGUUUCACGACAUAUGUUCAAAUAAGACGCCCUCUCGAAUUUGACUUGGAUCAUGGAGAUCUCUCACUAGACUUGGGCGGGUUUUCUUUCUCAGACCAGAAGAGCCCUCAUGUAUCGAUAGCGGAGGACAAGGAUAUGCUAGAUGCUGAAGAAGCAGACGAGGCUGCUCUUAUAAGACAGCGAGCUCGUCCAGAGAUUGCCAUGGUGGAAUACGAAAUUCAUCUUCACCCUACAUAUCGUGUGCCUUGCCUAUGGUUCACUCUACGCAACCUACCCGCUGAUGAGCCCGCGUUUGACGUUGACACCGUCUUCCGCCGUCUUGUGCCUGAUGAGUACAAGGCUGGCCUCCGGACACUCGGCAACGUAGGUGGGAUAUCGGCCGAUCAUCACCCUAUCACGGGCGUCCCAUCCUUUUUUGUCCACCCAUGCUUGUUAGGAGACGCCAUCUCCAAAUUCGAGUGCGACAGGACGAACUACCUCAUGAUAUGGCUCGGGCUUGUUGGGGGCUGCGUGGGUCUGUGGGUGCCCAAAGAGAUGGCAAUGUAG